GCACAAUGCUGGCCGGCGCCCUCUGCCGCUUGGCAGCCGACGUUCCCAGAAGAUCCCCACACGACAUGCCGCAGCUCGCACGCCACCUGGGCCGCACGCUCCUCGCUCUCAGUGCCCGCGAGGCGCCCGCAGCCCGCGCCCUCCCAUGCGCCCUCUACUCGCAUCGCUCCUAUGCCACUACUGCCACCGCCACGCGCGCAACCAAGCCCACUGCCACGGUCAAGAAGGCGGUCAAGGCUGCCGCUGCCGAAAAGCCCCCGCCAAAGAAGGCGGCUGCACCGGCCAAGAAGACGACUGCGCAAAAGCCCGCUGCGAAGACCACCAAGAAGGCGGAGGCCAAGAAGCCAGCCGCUAAGAAAGCAAGGCCUGGGCGCAAGAGGAAGGUCCUGACCGACGAGGAGAAGGAAAAAAUCAAGAUACGGGAUCUACGCGCCAAGGCGCUCAAGGAGCCCGUCACCCAGCGUGCACUCUCGGCCUACAAUGCCUUUAUUGCUGAGGCCGCCGUUGGCAAAGUCGAUGAGGGUGCCAAGCAGGCCACCAAGAUUGCAGACCUCUCCCGUCAAUUCAAGGAACUGACACCCGCACAGCUCGAGCACUACAAUCACCUUGCUCAGCAAUUGAAUGCCGCCAAUAAAGCCAAGCUGGACGCGUGGAUCAACUCGCACACCCCCGAAGAGAUCAGAGUUGCCAACCGGGCUCGUGCCUUGUUGCGAAAGAAACUUAUGGGCAAGCAAAAAUCGGCCCCUGCCUACACCAGCAAACUGCACGACGACCGACAAGUCAAGACUGUGCCAAGUGCAUAUAUCUUUUUCUUCACGGCUAGACACGCCUCCGGCGACUUCAAAAACAUCAAGGCUCAGGACGCGUCCAAGCUCAUUGGCAACGAGUGGAAGGCAUUGAGCGAUGCUGAGAAAAAGAAAUACGAAGAAGAGCGUCAAGCUGCAAAGCAGCGGGUAAACGCCGCUUAAGACUUGUAUACCGCGUGAGCUCAGCUGAGCGUCAAGACCCCAUCAGCAGUAGCUCAAUCCACCACAGCCUGUGUUUUCCUGUCACGCUGUAUUCUGGCCCGCAAACAUUUCCUUUAUCAGUCAAGGUUUGGAAGGUAAUGCCCCUUUGCGCUUGUCUGGUCUAGUCUGGAUACUAGACAACGAUUCAGUAUUUUUCUUGUCCAAGAAGAGGCGGAGAGCACUAGCGGCCAGUCAGGAUUACGUUCAAGGGAGAUGGUGGUUUAAUGUCCUGUAUGUAGUAGUAGCUGAUCACAUUCACACUAUACUUACACUAUUU